UCGUCGUUAUGCUUCAGAAUGUUCGGAGCCACUAUGAACCAAACAAUAACAAAAGUAAUGGAGGUUAUAAAAUAAUGUAAGGAAUUAUGUAUAUUAAAAAUUUUAUUAAAUUAUGAAUUUAACUUCAGAUUAACGAUUAAUACAAGAAAAAUAAAAAAAUGGAAAAUAAACAGAACAAUCCAUUUAACUCGGAUACAUACUUUUUAAUACAAAAGUUUUUAUCGUCUGGUUUAUUGAAGAAAACAUUAAAGGUGUUUAAUGAAGAGCUCGAGGAACAAAAGAUUUUACCACCCCGAAUUGAUUGGGAAGGCAAUAAACAUGAUAGAACAGUCGAGGAUAUGGUUGGACAAUUUCCUAAUAUCCGACAGGAUUACUUAUUACAUCUUUGUCAUUUAGCUAUGCAAUCUUUUCAAGAAAGAGAAGCUUUGAGUAAAAAUAAAUCUUUUUUAAGCUUUAGGCCGAAUGCGUACCAUAAAAAUGGCGCUCUGACCAAUUUCAGACAAUGUUAUAAUUAUGUUACUAGAAUACACUCAGCCCCGAUUCAAAACGUGAAUGUGUCUUUCAAUUUAGUAAAUUCAUUAAGAGGUAGAGAAAUAUCAGGACCUCUCACAAGACACCGGACAGUUAGCCCAAAUUUAUUUCAAUCCAUGCAAAUUCAAAGAACAACCAUUGGGCAUCUUUCUGCUGUAUUUUGUCUACUUUUUGACCAUUCAGGAAAAUAUAUUAUAACGGGGGCAGAUGAUUUAUUAAUAAAACUGUGGUCGUCUCGUACUGGUCGAUUAAUUUCCGUAUUCAGAGGAGCAUCUGCAGAAAUAACUGACAUUGCUAUCAAUUCCGAAAACACUCUAUUAGCCUCUGGUUCGAUAGAUAGAAUUUUAAGGGUGUGGAAUUUACAGAACGGAGCACCAGUCGCAGUCUUACCCGGCCAUAAUGGUAUGAUAACAUCAAUAAGUUUCUGCCCUACGCCAUGUUGGGAUAUAAGGUACUUAAUCAGUACUAGCACUGAUGGUUCCAUAGCGUUUUGGCCGUAUACUUACGAAUCAGGAAUUAAAGUAGAAUUUAGAAACAAUCCGAUUAUGUAUCAAGAGAAGAUCCGACCGGGACAAGCUCAAAUGAUAUGUUCAUCGUUUAGUCCCGGUGGUACUUUCUUGGCAACUGGUUCAGCAGAUCAUCACGUUAGAGUUUAUUACAUGAAAGGAGACGAAGGACCUCACAGAAUCCUCGAAAUGGAAGCUCACAGUGAUCGAGUCGAUUCGAUUCAGUGGGCGCAUUCCGGUUUAAAAUUUCUUUCAGGAAGUAAAGACGGUAUGGCGAUUAUAUGGUGGUUUGAAAAACAGCAAUGGAAGAGCUUGCAUCUGGAUAUGACCACAAAGUUAGUAAAUUCGACUAAUGUACAAGAAGUUGAUUCGAAAAAAUUGAAAGUUACCAUGGUUUGUUGGAACAAAUCUGAUUAUUGGGUGGUAACAGCAGUCAGCGACCAUACGCUGAAAAUAUGGACGGCUGAUGAUGGUCAAUUAGUUAAAGUACUAACAGGACACGUCGAUGAAAUAUACGUAUUAGAAGCUCAUCCUCAGGAUAAUAACGUUAUCCUUUCGGCUGGACACGACGGUCAGUUGUUUAUUUGGGAUAUAUCCAAAGGAGAAAUAGUCUUCAAUUAUCUAAAUAGAGUGGAUGGACAAGGAUUCGGGGCUAUCUAUGAUGUAAAAUGGAGCCCUGACGGUUCUGUAAUAGCCGCAUCUGAUUCCCAUGGACAUAUCUUGAUAUUCGGUUUUGGAAAUGGUAGUCCAUUUUUCCAACAACUUCCUAUGGAACUUUUCUUUCAUACGGAUUACAGACCACUGGUACGAGAUACAAAUCAUCAUGUCUUAGAUGAACAAACUCAAAUUCCACCACAUUUAAUGCCUCCCCCUUUUUUGGUAGAUAUAGACGGUAAUCCGUAUCCUCCUAUGCUACAAAGAUUAGUACCGGGUAGAGAAACGUGUAACGUUGAUCAGUUGGUACCUAAUAUAGUUAUAGGGAACGAAGGUUCACAAGAAGUGAUACAGGAUCUACCACAAAAUCAUCUGGUGGCUAUUGAGAGGAACCAGUCGGAAGAGUUGAGAGAAAAUUCGUCUUUCAGACCCGGACGUCGAUCUUCACUUCGUGAUCACGAACGUAUAAGACACAGUACGGGGGACUGGCAGAACGAUCCUACAUUCAAAUGGCAAAAGAAUGUUCUAGUUGAAACUCUCAGCUCGGCUGUAUUGGAAAGGGCCACUGAAAUAAGGGAAGCUAUGAAAGAUGCGGAAAUGGAAGAAUACCAAAAACAAUUGCGUCAGAGACCACAUAUGAUUAGUAUCAAUACCUCUAGUAACAUCAAAAAGAAAGAAGAGAAGAAGAAGAAACCCACAAAGUAUGUCACAAGAUCUGCUGCUAAUUACGGAUACCAGGAAGAAGAAAUCGAAUCUUCCGCGAACGAAAACGGUUACGAAACUACUUCAGGAUCAUCCGAUUGGUUGGAAGAACAGAACGAACGCCCCAAAAGAUCCAGCCGAAGACAGAGAUCGAAUAACGCUUGUUUACAAGAAUCCGAAACCGAACAAGAAGAUGAAGAUAUCGAUGUGGAAGUUUACGAAGACGAAGAUUAUAAUGUCAGUUGGGAUUACGAUGAUAGCGGACCGAGUUAUAGCAGAGCUAGAGAAAAUUCGACAAGAAAAGACAGAGAAUCAGCUCCUGCCAAGACUAAGGAGCAUAAAUUAUCGAAAAAAAGAAGAAGUAGACCAACAGGGAGCAACAAGAUGUCGGAAAAUAGUAAAGACAGCGUUAGUAGUUCGAGUAGAACUAGUCGAAGUACAACAAGUAAGAACGAUGAAACUCCCAGUCGUCACAAUGGAAGUGGCAGUGCUAAAGAAAUUAAUGCAAGCAAGCGUUCCGGAUCGAAUAGUUAUGCAUCCGAUCUACCUAAAACUUCCAAGAUAACUAAAAUAUCGGAACAGUAUAGACUUAGUGAAUGGUUAUCAGAAACUCGUCCUAGGAAGUCUCCAUACUAUCCUCAGUUAGGGGAUGAAAUCGUUUAUUUCCUUCAAGGACAUCAGUUGUAUUUGAACGCUGUGGAAAUGAAAAACCUUUACGAAAUCAGUACCAAAGAAUUACCAUGGACCAAAAUGAACAUUAAAUACCACGAAUUUGCUAAAGUAAUUGGGAUACAGUACGAGAUAAAACCGCCACGUUUAUGUUGUUUGAAACUGGCUUUCAUGGACGAUUCGGGAAGAUUAACUGGAAAAUGUUUUACUGUCAAAUAUCACGAUAUGCCGGACGUUUUAGAUUUCUUCGUACUCAAACAAAUCUAUGUAACUGCGAUGUCGAGAACUUGGAAAACCGGUAAUAAGUUUAGAUGUAUGAUAGGAGACGAGUGGUGGAUAGGAGAAAUAAUUAAUAAAUCUCCAGCUAGUGAUACAUUUCCGGAUUCUUCGUUUCUAUGUUACGAAAUUAAAUGGAAAAAUGGGGAAAAAGAAAGGAUGAGUCCUUGGGAUUUAGAACCAAUCGAUCCAGCUAGAGUUCCUGAAGAUGAAAUUGAAUCGAUACCAGUACUGGAGGAAGAAUUAACGUCGAUUUUAUACAAAACCAUCCAGUGCGAUUGGCCUUACAGCAAUAUUUCAUCGAUGACCAAAAAUAUCGUUACUAGUCUUACAAGGGUGAUGGAAUUAGCUAUAGCGGAACCAUUUUUGGUACCGGUGGAUAUAAACGAAUAUCCAUUAUACGCUAUGGUGAUAGAAUAUCCAAUCGAUUUAUCAACGAUCAAAGCUCGUUUCGAAAAUAGAUUCUAUAGAAGAUUAAUAGCGGCUCAAUUCGACAUUAGAUAUUUAGCAACAAAUGCUGAAAAAUUUAACGAAAAACACAGUAAUAUAGUUAAACACGCCAGAAUUUUAACGGAACUUUGUUUGAGGAUCUUGAGGAAUUGUUCGGAAUACGUCGACGUACCCAGUAUGUAUCAUCGCCUUAACGGUUCUUAUGAUUCUUCGGAAUCAGAAGAAGAACAGGAAACUUUACCUUCGACUAGUAAGAAUCUACGGACGGUUAACAAAAGAUCUGUAGAAGAUUCUAGCGAGUGGCAAGAAGAGGCUAGGAAUUUGAUUGAAACGUUAUGGGAGAGCGAGGAUUCUGUUCCUUUCAGACAACCUGUAGAUCCCACCGUAUAUCCAGAUUACCACGAAAUAGUUGAAAAUCCAAUGGAUUUGGGAACCGUAAAGGAGAAAUUAAAUAAUAACAAAUAUCGACUGCCUCAGCAAUUUUGUAACGAUAUGAAAUUAAUUUUUUCGAAUUCUCGAUUGUAUACUCCAAAUAAAAGAUCAAGGAUAUAUGACAUGACCAGUCGUUUAUCGACCAGUUUCGAAGAAACCAUGAAAAAAAUAAUGUCGAAUUGGAGAAAUCUACGAAGGAAACGAAACCGUAGGAAAUCAAGAACUAGUGAGGAUGAUUCUGACGCUUCAACCUCAACUAGUUCGGGUGAGGAUAAAUCCGAUGUAUCAGAAAUUGAUAUAGAAGCGGAUAGCGAUACGGUAACACCUUUCGAACAAAAAGAUUCCUCGGAUUAUUGCAGUUCGGAUGAUAGCGAUGAAAAAAUGACUAGAAGCCGUAGGCGUAGAUCGGAUAAAGCGACGUACCAACCUAGAGAAACUAGGCAGAGAUCGGAUUACAAACCUGGUACGGAAGAAUCUUCGUUAUCUUCGAGCGAAGAAGAUCAAGAUCAAGAUUAUUCGAGAAAAACGAAUCUAAGGAAACGUCCCGUUAGGAAAAAAGCGCAUUUAUACGAAAGUUCAUCAUCCGGAGACAGUUCUGACGAUCCCAAUAAACCGGUGAAGAGGUUAAAAAGGACUUUGGAUAGUGACAGUAGUGAUAAAUCUAGUGAUUAUGCGAGGAAUAACCGAAAAGAAAAUAGUUUUAUUUCGACUGUUAGCAGUAGAGGAAGAGUUAGGAAAUUUACCGAGCGCGCAAAAGCGUUAUUUAGGAAAAAAUAACUUGUUUUAUAUAUACAUAUAUAUUAUCUAUUUUUUUUAAUAAGAAUGUACAUUUGAACUACCACUUUUUGUAAUUUAUAUAUUCAUUAAUGUAUUAGAUGAAUAAAAAAGUUGGUCAUAA